AAAUGUUGGAUACGCUCUUCUUUCAACAUCCCUCCUUGGCUCAACCUGUGGGACCGCAACUUGGUUUACCAGCAAGUUUUUGACUUUAGACUUGGCAUCACCCAACAACAUCUUUUUUGUUUUCUUCUCUCUUCUCUUGUCGUCCGGCGGCUGCCGUCCUUAAAUGGGUACAGAACUAAAAUUUUCAUUUAGUAUCCCUUUUACCUGCGUGUAAAAAACCAGAAUAUAUACUGCAAUAGCAUUUCAAUCUGUUACGUGAAAUCAAUAAUACUCAUGUAUUGAAUUUAAUAUCCAGUACGUGGGUGGGUAGGCUGAUGCUUAAAAUAUACUCGUACUACUUUUGAAGAAAAUGAAAUAUAUUAAAGACAGUGAGUGAGAUCGACAGGGCAGCAUCAGGUAGCAGCUGCAAGGAAACAAGACCUGAAGAGGGACGAGAGCUCAAUUACAGAUUUACUUUUACAAGCACAGCAGCAGCAGGAAAAAUAGUUUGAACCCUUGUACCAAUGUCAACUAUGUCUCAGCUUCACCGCUUAUCGCUACCCAAUCACUAUCACAUUUUCAAUACCAAUAGGUCUAUUGAUCUUAUUCAUAGUAAUCUUGCUUUCUCUUCCCCACCCACUUGUCUAAAACUCUUUAACUCUCCUCUUCCUAAAAACCAGCUCACCCAUUAUUAUCUCAUUACCAAAGUCCAUAUUCCUUGUGCCAAUAUCGCUGCUGCUGGUGGUAGCAAUAAUGAUGGUAUUGGCGGUUUUGGCGGAGGAGGUAGUGAUGGGACGAGCGGCAACAAUGAUGGAGAUGAUUCUUCCUCUUCUUCCAAUUUUGAGAGAUUUGGUCCUGUAGGGGCCUUUUUAAAUGGUUGGAGGUCUAGAGUGGCUGCUGAUCCUCAAUUCCCUUUCAAGGUUCUCAUGGAGGAGAUUGUCGGUUUAAGCGCUUGUGUUCUAGGUGACAUGGCCUCUCGCCCGAAUUUUGGUUUAAAUGAGCUUGAUUUGGUCUUCUCAACUCUUGUCGUUUGCUUCAUUUUGAAUUUCACUCUAAUGUAUAUCUUAGCACCUACAACUGCUUCCUCCGGGGUUGCCCUGCCUGCGCUUUUUGCCAGCUGUCCAACUAGCCACAUGUUUGAACCUGGUCCCUUCAGUGUACUUGACCGGUUCGGGACUUUUGUGUAUAAAGGAAUAGUGUUUGCUGCUGUUGGGUUUACAGCUGGAUUAGUUGGAACUGCUCUCUCCAACGGAUUACUUGCGUUGAGGAAGAAUAUGGAUCCAACUUUUGAAACUCCUAACGAGGCUCCACGUACAAUGUUAAAUGCUCUUACUUGGGCAGCACAGGUGGGUCUUAGUGCUAACUUAAGAUAUCAGACCCUCAAUGGUGUUGAGUAUGUGCUGGCCAAGGGACUUCCAUCAUUCGCAUUCAAGACUUCUGUAAUUGUUUUGAGGGUUGUGAAUAAUGUAAUGGGUGGAAUGUCUUUUGUGAUACUUGCAAGGCUGACAGGAUCACAAAGCUCUGGUGCUAAUGAAAGCAAGCUGGUCAGUAGUGAAGAGGUGGAAGCAUCCGCAACUGGUGAUGAGAAAGACAAAUUGCCACAAGAUUCUGAGAGCAGCGAAUCGGUUCACAAGUAGUAUAGUUUUCUCAAGUUGUUUUCUUGUAUGUUUUGAACUGACUUUUUUAUACAAAUGAAGUUUGAUUGUCAACUA